UAUAGUUGCAAUUCGAAGUGGAACGUUGAUAACACUCUCCUCUGGAAAAUGGCAUCGACAAGAACUCUGUUGCAGAUCGCUGCAAUAAUUUACUUGGUGCACUUAGCGCUAGCAAAGGAAUGGUGGGAGGGAGCUAAUUUCUAUCAGAUUUAUCCGAAAAGUUUUAAAGAUUCGAACGGAGAUGGCUACGGUGAUUUGCAAGGAAUUCGUUCGAAAAUUCCGUACUUAAAGGACAUUGGAAUGGAUGGUGUGUGGUUGUCGCCGAUUUUUACGUCUCCACAAAAAGAUGGUGGUUACGACAUAUCCAAUUAUACGGAAAUCGAUCCUAUUUUUGGUAACUUGAAUGAUUUUGACGAGUUGUUGCAGACGUGCAAAUCCAACGGUGUGCAUUUAAUACUUGACUUCGUUCCCAAUCACACAUCCGAUGAGAGUAUUUGGUUCGAGAAGUCAGCAGCACGCGACCCAUACUAUGAGAACUUUUACGUAUGGGAUAAAGGCAUUGUCAAUCCUGAUGAUCCGCAAGGAAGACGUCUUCCGCCGAACAAUUGGAUUAGUGUUUUUCGCUUUAGUGCAUGGGAAUGGAACGAUCAACGCGGCGAAUAUUAUUUACAUCAAUUUGUGGCCGGACAGCCGGAUCUCAACUACCGUGAACCGAAUGUAGUAAAAGAAAUGAAGGAAGUUCUUCGAUUUUGGCUUAGACGUGGUGUAUCCGGUUUUCGCAUAGACACCAUUCCAAACCUGUUCGAAUACCAGAGCCCAGAUGGGACAUAUCCUUCGGAACCUUUAAGUGGAAAUUGCGACGAUCCCGAGAGUUUUUGUUACUUAGAUCACAUUUACACAGCAAAUCAACCCGAAACAAUGGACAUGGCAUAUCAGUGGCAUGCUGUUCUUGAAGAAUUUCGAGCAGACGAACCCAAAAUUUUGAUGACCGAAGCUUACACAACUCUGGAUAUUAUCGUUGAAUAUUACGGCAAUGCGACGCACAAUGGUUCGCAGGUUCCUUUUAAUUUUGAAGUUCUUACUAAGCUCAAUACACAGAGUACGGCCAAGCAGUUGAAAAUAAUUUCGGAAAAUUACUUGAAUCACAUUCCAAGCGGCAGAGGAUUCUAUCCGAACUGGGUGCUGGGAAACCAUGACAAUCAUCGAUUAGCCUCUAGACUUGGUACCACUCGUGCCGAUUUGUAUAACAUUUUCUUACAAACAAUGCCGGGCAAUGCAGUUACCUACCAAGGCGAAGAGCUUUGCAUGCCGAAUGUGGUCGUUUCAUGGGAGGCCACCCAGGAUCCACAGGCGUGUAAUACAAACAGCACCGUAUACCAUCAGUAUUCCCGUGAUCCAGCAAGAACACCAUUUCCAUGGGAUAGCAGUGCCAAUGCAGGAUUUACCACUGGCAUGCCAUGGAUUCCUGCUGGUGACGAGUACCCGAACUAUAAUGUUGAUAAACAACUGAGGGACGAGAAGAGUCACCUGAAGAUAUUUAAGGCAUUGACUCAAUUGCACAAAUCGCCGGCGUUUAGUGACGGCCUUUACGAGAGCGUCAAUGGCAUAAACGAUAACAUUUACUCAUACAUUCGCAGCCAUGGCGACGAUACGUAUCUGGUAGCCCUAAAUUUCGGUAAGACGGAACAGCGAGGUGACUUUGCGAGUGGCUAUCGAGCAUUGGGUAGUACCGGCGAAAUCGUUGUGGCUACGCUAGGAAGUAGCUUGGAAGAGAAGCAACAGGUUCAACUAAACGACCUGCGAAUACCAGCCGAUAAUGGAGUGGUAGUCAAAGUUGUUCGGAGUGGAGCUGUUCUGUUCUUCGGAGUUCACGUCUGGGCACUAAUUUUGUUUGCCUUUUUGUCGUUAUACAUUGUGUAGAGUAAAUGUUAUGUGAAGUUCUCCGUCAAAUCAAGAAAUCAUGUGACCCAUUUGGUUUUACUAUUUGUCCUCACAAAAAUAUUUUUGUUAUCUAAAUAAACUGAAUAAGGAAUUUGAAA